AAGAAAGAGCUGAUCCGGUAACGGACGGAAAUUCCAAAUCUAUUCUCAUCAUCAUCUCUCUUCACGUCGACCUUUAACAUCUUUCAACGGCUAUUUUUCUCUCUUCUCUCUCUCUCUCUCUACAGAAACUUCAAUCUUGGGUUUCAAAUUGUUUCUCUAUUUCGAAAAUCUACAACGCCAAAAUCUGAUCGAAUCUACUAGCAACAGAUCAAACUUCAAAUUGAGCAGCUCUGGAGAGUAUACGAGAAAUUUCUAGUUUCAGGCAGAAGAAGCAUUUUCGAAAUGGCAAAAGAUCCGAUCCUUCAAGUAGAAACAACCUGUGGAUCUCUCCUUUACGAACUUCAGAUUAUUUGGGAUGAAGUUGGAGAAACUGAAACUGAUAGAGAUAAAAUGCUGCUUGAGCUUGAACGUGAAUGCUUGGAAGUUUACCGAAGAAAAGUUGACCAAGCUAAUCGAUGCAGAGCUCAGCUAAGACAAGCUAUUGCUGAUGCUGAAGCAGAGCUUGCUUCCAUCUGUUCUGCAAUGGGAGAACGCCCUGUGCAUAUUAGACAGUCUGAUCAAAGCGUUGGGAGCUUGAAACUAGAGCUUGGGAAGAUUCUUCCUGAAUUGGAAGAGAUGCAGAAGAGGAAAAUCGAGAGAAGAAACCAGUUCCUUCUUGUUCUAGAAGAAGUAGAGAAUAUCACUAAUGAUAUCAAAGGUCAAGGAGAACAUGUUCUCUCCAAACCACCCAUCGAUGAGACCGACUUGUCUAUGAGAAAGCUUGAGGAGUUAAACUGCCAUCUGCAAGCACUUCAGAAGGAGAAGAGUGAUCGAGUGGAGACUAUUCGGAAGCACCUGUGUACUCUAUAUUCUCAUUGUUCAGUACUUGGUAUGGACUUCAAUGAGGUUGUUAGCCAAGUCAAUCCCACAUUAACUGAUCCAGAGGGACCAAGAAGCUUAAGUGAUCAUACCAUUGACAACUUGGAUGCUGCAGUUCAAAAGCUGAGGGAAGUUAAGAUACAGAGAAUGCAGAAGCUUCAAGAUCUAGCAACAACCAUGUUAGAGCUCUGGAAUUUGAUGGAUACACCCAUAGAAGAGCAGCAAGAGUAUCAGCACAUUACCUGCAAUAUAGCUGCAUCAGAACAUGAAAUAACUCAAGCCAAUAGUCUCUCUGAAGACUUCAUCAAAUACGUCGAGGCAGAAGUUGUCCGAUUGGGCGAGGUAAAGGCAAGCAAAAUGAAAGAACUUGUUGUGAAGAAGAGAUCAGAGCUAGAGGAGAUAUGUAGGAAAACCCACAUGUUACCAGUUUCAGAUAGUGCUAUGGAUCAGACUAUAGUAGCCAUAGAAUCUGGUAUUGUGGACGCCACAUUGGUCCUGGAGCAUCUUGAGCAACAUAUAUCUAAGGUCAAAGAGGAAGCUUUAAGUAGGAAGGAGAUACUUGAGAAGGUCGAGAAAUGGUUGUCUGCCUGCGAUGAGGAAAGCUGGCUAGAAGAAUACAACAGGGACGAUAACAGAUACAAUGCUGGACGAGGAGCUCAUCUUACUCUCAAGCGUGCUGAAAAAGCUCGUAAUCUUGUUAACAAACUUCCAGUAAUGGUAGAAGCACUGGCUUCGAAGACAAUAGUUUGGGAACGAGAGAAGGGAAUUGAAUUUCUCUAUGAUGGUAUCCGUCUUUUGUCCAUGCUUGAGGAGUAUAACUUACUGAGGCAGGAAAGAGAAGAAGAACACCGUCGCCAACGGGAUCAUAAGAAGCUCCAAGGACAGCUCAUAGCAGAACAAGAGGCGCUCUAUGGAUCAAAACCGAGCCCAUCAAAACCCCUUGGUGGCAAAAAGGCUCCAAGAAUGUCAACGGGUGGUACCGCAACCAACCGAAGACUCUCCUUAGGAGCAGGGAUGCAUCAGACUCCUAAACCUAACAAGAAAGCAGAUCAACGCCAAGUCCAAGUCGAUGGAGCUUUAUCAACUGGAAGAAGAGGGCUUGAUGUUGCUGGACUUCCCUCAAGGAAACAGUCAAUGAAUCCUUGUGAACAUGAACUGGUUGUAAUCGUGAACCAAUACUCCAAAGUACCAAAAGUCUAUAAAGGCAAUGCGUUUAGACCAGAAUGGGCUGGGAUCUAGCUUGGACCUUGCAAUGAGGACUCUAAUAAAUGCAGCCACAUGCUGUACAAAAAAGAUUAAGUCAACUAAAAAUAAUAUAUACUCAGCCACAAAUAAUAUAUAAUUCAUCUGUAAAUUACUUAACUCAGCCACAAAGAAUAUGUAAAUCAGCUGUAAACUACAUAACUCAGCCCUAAAGUAGACUUA